ACACGACUCUUCUUCCUCCUCUAUAGUACGUAUCAGGGAACCACCGCUCACUCCCCGGCAGCCAGACGCAGCAGAGCUCGACCAUGGCGUCCAUCGACCCUGAGGUCGCGCUCGCCUACAAGUUCCCCGAGGUCUCCUUCGCCUACGACGAGAGGGACGUGGCGCUCUACGCACUCGGGGUGGGAGCCUGCGGCACGGACGCCGUCGACGACAAGGAGCUCCACUUCGUGCACCACAUCGACGGCCAGCGCCACAUUAAGGCUCUUCCUACAUUUGUUUCUCUAUUUCCUUACAAGAACAGCAAUGGGCGUGGGACUGUUGACGUGCCUGGCAUUCACUUCGAUGAAAGCCUUCUAUUGCAUGGUCAACAGUACAUAGAGAUCUACAAGCCAAUUCCUUCAUGUGCUACUGUUGUAAACAAGGUUAAAGUAGCUGGUUUGCAUGACAAAGGGAAGGCAACUAUUCUUGAGAUCGAAACUACCACCCACCUCAAAGAUUCUGGUGAAGUGUUAUGUAUGAAUAGGAGUACUAUUUUCUUGCGUGGUGCUGGAGGUUUUUCGGAUUCUUCUCGGCCAUAUUCGUAUACGACUUAUCCUGCCAACCAGAUUUCUCGCAUAUCUAUUCCGGAUUCUGCACCUUCCGCGGUGUAUGAAGACCCGAUCCAACAAUCUCAGGCACUCUUAUACAGGUUAUCUGGGGAUUAUAAUCCUUUGCAUUCAGACCCUAUGAUUGCACAGGUUGCAGGGUUUACUCGUCCAAUACUGCACGGUCUCUGCACUCUUGGGUUCGCGGUCCGGGCAGUCAUCAAGUCUUUUGGUAACGGGGAUCCGGCAGUGGUGCAGAACAUCUUUGGUCGCUUUCUGUUGCAUGUCUAUCCCGGGGAAACUUUAGUCACUGAAAUGUGGUUGGAUGGGCAGAGGGUGCAGUACCAAACUAAGGUGAAAGAGCGCAACCGUGCCGUGCUUUCUGGAUACGUGUUGCUCAAACACAGCCCGUCAUCAUUGUAAGUGCUGCAUCAUAUCCGUGACAAACACUACAUUGUAAAACUAAUAAAGUAUGCUAAGAGAUGGCAAGUGUUCUGUACUACUAACCUGCAGACGAUAUACUUCUAAGUAUGCACUUGAUACUUAUUUGAAAAAAAAUAUCGACAUGUGUCUGUUAAGCCUUUA